AUGAACGCUGCCUCAUCGCUCGGUCUUCCAGCCAUGGAAGACCCGUUUACAGAUACUAUGGAGAUGGCGUCCCCAUACAACGGCCAUGUGGAUGAUUUUGAGAUCGAUAUUGACAUUAUGGAAGACCAACCUGCGAACAUCGACAACGAUUUUGAUGUACAAGAUGCCACUCCCGAUGGAGCUUCGGGAGAAUUCAAUCAUGAUGCUGAUAUGAUGGAGGACGUACCAGAAAUGACAGUCACCGACACGUCCACCUACAACAACGAUGGCAAUAUGCAAUACACUGACAGUACAUUUUUCACCACCCAGGAGCCGGUCGAGUCAGAGAUGGUGGAUGAAGAAUAUGAAGAGAAUACUGAGACAGUGCCCACUUCAUUCGAGACCUUUGCAACCCAACAAGAAGGAAUAAAACCAGAAGAUUCCGCUGAGUUGGUGAACGAUCAGCAGGCAAAUGAGGGAGAAGGGAAAGACGAGGAACAGCAGAUUGUUGAGAAAGCUGCAGACGAAGUACAAAGCGAUAUGCAAGAAAUAGCUGGUCAGGAGGCGACUGAAAAGGGACAAGCGGAAACGGAGGUAGAUGCACCGCAUGUUGUCACGGAGUCAGAAGUCGAAUCUGCUACUGAGCAUCAUCCCGAAACUACGGCUGAGGACAACAAGGAUGUGGAAGAAGUCAACGAACACACCUCAGUGAUUGAGCCAGGUGCGGAAGAUGACACAGCAGAAGAGGUUGUUGCUGUCCAGAAUGACGGACCAAACGACUUGCCUCCGGCAGGUGAAACCGAAGGAGCUGUUGAAAGUGCACAUGAUUCUACAGGACAAACGACGUAUAUUCACCCAGUUAAAGUCAUCUACCAAGAAAGUGAGAUUUCCAUGUUUCCACCGCGCCAUGGCAACACAUCCGAAACAUAUUUCCUUGCAGACGAAGGAUUAGCAUAUGAAAAUAUCGAUCGGCUUUUCAAGGAAUGCCGUGCGAUCCUUGGAGAUCAUGCAUCUAAUGAGGACUCGUUGGUGUUCCAUAUCGACUCACUAAGUAUUGAACUAAGCGAGGAUAAUAUUCAUGUCUCAAAAUUUACACUUUCCCAGAUCGUUGACACAUAUCUACAUUUGUGUCGUAACAGUGGUAUCGAGCAACCUGAGCCGUUGUACCUUACUCUCAACACGAGGGCUCAUUUGUCCUCGGAGUUGACCGCAUUGCUCGAUGCGGCAAAGGAAGGCAAAGGUAUCUCGGAUAUACAAACCUGGGAAGAGGAAUAUGAGCAUGACGAAACCGAAGAUGCAUCAGAGCAACACGGCGAUGAGCAUGAUUAUCAUGCAGAAGAGGAAAUCCAGAAAGAGCGUCUAGACAAUGAACUGGCCGAAAGUCGCCAUCAUGAAGAUGAAAUCCGUGAAGACGCCGAGCACGAUAUUCAAGAUCGCACAGUAGGUGCGCAAGAACUUGAUCAAGCUGGCGUGGAGGCUACGGACUUGCAGCAAUACCACAAUGAAGAAGUGGAUGGGGAGCUCCACACGGCAAAUGACAAAAGUCAUACACUUGCCGAAACCCAAGCAGAUCUAGAAACACUGGAUAAUGUCGAAGAAAAUGAAGACCUUCACAUAUCAAACCAGGAGCCAACAGCAGAAACCGGGUAUCAGCAACAGGAUGACUCAAGCACCAACAUCGGUCAGGCUAAAACCAUUCCAGGUGAUGCUGGCUUGGUGGACGAUGGAAAUCAAGAAUACCCAGACAAUGAACACUCUGUUGUACCUGACACACUGGACCCUCAUGUUGAGCAAAACGAUGGUAGAGAAGACGCCAUUACUGAAAAGAAGGAUAUCACCACAGAACCAACACAGACAUCUGCAGACGUUACUGCCGCUGAGCAAUAUAAUGAGACAGGCGGCUAUGGAGAUGAAGAGACUGCUGAACAAGAAGAGGCUGUUGAGCAGGAGGAAGGUGAAUACGAUGAAGAUGCCGGUGAAGAAAACUACGAGGAUUACGUCGAGGAGGAGGAGGAAUAUCAUCAUGAUGCGGCGGAAAUUGAAGAAGAGUAUAAUGAUGGCUCUUACGUGGCUGAUCAAUUCGACGAAGCUUCCAGCAAGACAGUAUCUGCAUCGAAUGAGCCAAUAGAUAAGAAUGACAAUUUGCUGGAUAACUUACAAACCGGUACAAAAGCAGAUGCGACUGAAAGCCUUGAUUAUACUCAAGACAUUCCAGAUCUUCCUGAUCUACCGGACGACGACCUCCUCGAUCUAGAUGACGACAUCUUUGCCGAUACGGAACAAGUCACUCACCGCGAGACAGAAGACAGUAAUGGCGCUAAUGCAUCGCAAAUCGACGAUGGCCAUGACGCUUCCGUUGAGAAAGCGACUCCUAUUGAUGACAACCAGAGUGUUCAACUCAAGCGUCAAGGAAGCACAGUUGGAAAACGGUCUCGUUCGGAUGAAGAGGAGGAACUUGACUUUGGAGUGCCGAGUCCCGGUGCAAAGCGAACUCGGGCUUCAUAG